GCGGGGCGGGGGUCGCCAUGCCGAGUCUGGUCGUGCCGGGGAUCAUGGAGCGGAACGGGGGCUUCGGGGAGCUGGGCUGCUUCGGGGGUCGCGGCGGCAAGGAGAGGGGGCUCCUGGGCGACGACCGGGCCCUCCAGCUCGCCCUCGACCAGCUCUGCCUGCUGGGCUUCGGGGACGCCCCGGGAGCGGGGCCGGGGACCGGGCCGGGCCCGGGCGGGGGAGGGGGCGGGGGCGGGGGCGGGGGUCCCGCCGCCCCCGCCGCCCCGGGGGUCCCCGGCGGGGGCGGGGACGACGACGGCGGGGGAGGGGGCGGCUGCCCCCCGGCCCCGUCCCCCGGCCCGGCCCCGCCGGCCCCGGCCCCGCCGGCCCCGGCCCCCCAGCCCCCCGCCGCCCCCGCCGCCCCCGCCAGCCCGGAGCCCCCGCCGGCCCCGCAGCCCCGGGGGGUGGGCGUCGGGGCGGGGGCGUCGUCCGGCCCGGGGGGCGACCCCAAGCUCUGCGCCUUCUACAAAGAGGCAGAGUUCCGCCUCAAGAGCAGCUGCAACACCACCGAGUGCGUCCCGGUGCCCAGCUCCGAGCACGUCGCGGAGAUCGUGGGGCGCCAAGGCUGUAAGAUCAAGGCGCUGCGGGCCAAGACCAACACGUACAUCAAGACGCCGGUGCGCGGCGAGGAGCCGGUGUUCAUGGUGACCGGCCGGCGGGAGGACGUGGCCACGGCCCGGCGGGAGAUCAUGUCCGCGGCCGAGCACUUCUCCAUGAUCCGCGCGUCGCGCCACAGGGCGGGCGCGGCGGCCUCCUCGGCGGCGGCGGCCGGGGGGUCCUCGGCCUUCUGCGGCCCCGGCGGCGGCCCGGGCCUGCCCGGCCAGGUGACCAUCCGCGUGCGGGUCCCCUACCGCGUGGUGGGGCUGGUGGUCGGGCCCAAGGGGGCCACGGUGAAGCGGAUCCAGCAGCAGACCAGCACGUACAUCGUGACGCCCAGCCGCGACCGCGACCCCGUCUUCGAGAUCACGGGCGCCCCGGGCAGCGUGGAGCGGGCCCGGGAGGAGAUCGAGACGCACAUCGCCGUGCGCACCGGCAAGAUCCUGGACUACGGCGGCGACGCCGACUUCCUGCCCCCGCUCAGCCCCGAGCCCGGGCCCGAGGGCCGGCCCGCCGACGCCUGGCGGCUCCAGGGGGCCGGGGCCGGGGCCGGCGGGCGGGCCCUGGGGGCCGCCCGCUCGGCCGGCCUGGGCUGCCUCGGGGAGGGCGGCGCCGAGAUGGCCGGCGACCUCGGCUACGGCUACCUCUUCCCCGGCUACGGGGUGGGCAAGCAGGACGUGUACUACGGGCUGGCGGACGGCAGCCCCCCGCUCUGGGCCGGCCAGGAGGGGUCCGUCCUGUUCGCGGCGGCGGCGGCGGCGGCGGCGGCCCCCCCGGCCCGGCCCGGCGGCCCCCACCGCCCGCCUUCGUCGUCCUCGUCGUCCUCGCCCGGGGGCGGGCUGGAGCUGCCGGCCCUGGCCGCCCGCCGGGCCCCCGGGGACCCGCUGACGGUCUUCCCCAAGCUGGGCGCGGGCGUGCUCAGGACCCCGGCGCCCGGCGCCCGCGACUGCGUGGUCUGCUGCGAGAGCGAGGUCACGGCCGCCCUGGUCCCCUGCGGACACAACCUCUUCUGCAUGGAGUGCGCCGUGCGCAUCUGCGAGCGGACGCAGCCCGUGUGCCCCGUGUGCCACAGCUCCGCCACACAGGCCAUCCGAAUAUUUUCCUAGGGCGCGGGCGAGGG